CAGGGUCCUAGGAUCUGCUGCCAAAGUUUACGCGUAGUACCGGUGCUCUGGCCGGGGGCCCCCUCUCCUCGGGACAUGGCUCAAGCUACCCUCUUCCUGCUCCUGGCCGCCGCUCUCAGCCUGGCCGGGGCGGCGAGCGGACAGCGGAGCGGAGACGGCCAGCCGUCCGCCCACCCUCUGUUGUACUUCGAGGCGCGGGACGUGCGGAGCCUACGGCAGAAGGCGCGGGGCAGCCACUCCUCCAUCAGCCGCGCUGUCCGGGCAGCCGUGAAGACCAUGCUGGCCAAGCCCGGCCUCUACCUGCCUCCGCCAGACCACGCCAGCUUCUCAGCCAAGUGGAACGAGGUGUACGGCAACAACCUGGGAGUCCUCUCCCUCUACUGCCUGCUCUUCCCCGAGGACGCCGCCGCGCUAGAAUUUGCUCUGACCUACCUGGACCGAAUGGCCUCUUACCCCAGCUGGCAGGUGCGGGCCGCCCCAAACGAUGAGGUACCGGUGGCCCACUCCCUCAGCGGGUUUGCAACUGCUCUGGACUUCCUCUACUCCGUCCUGGACGAAGACAGGAGACAGAACUACAUGCAGAAGGUCAACAACGUCACUAUGGAGCUCUAUGAGUUCUCCAAGUACCGGGCAUGGGGCAAGCACUUCCUCCACAACCAUCAGGCCACCAAUGUUCUAGCCCUGCUGACCGGAGCCUUGGUGCUCACUCCCCACCAGACGCAGGCAGCCUUGCUCUGCAAGCAGUUCGCUAUUGACAUCAUGGAGAAGACUCUCUUCCUCCUGAGCCACGUGGUAGAUGGGUCGCUGGAUGAAGGGGUGGCUUACGGCAGCUACACUUCCAAGUCCAUCACACAGUACAUCUUCUUGGCCCUGCGGCACUUCAACCUGAACCACACUGGCAACCCCUGGCUGAAGCAACACUUCUGGUUUUACUAUGCCACGUUGCUGCCCGGCUUCCAGCGGAGUGUUGGCAUCGCCGACUCUAACUACAACUGGUUCUAUGGGCCAGAGAGCCAGCUUGUUUUCCUGGACAGGUUCGUGCUCAGGGACGGCAGCGGUAACUGGCUGGCCAAGCAGAUCCGCAAGCACCGACCCAAGGACGGGCCGAUGGAGCCAUCCAGUGCACACCGCUGGUGCACCCUGCACACAGAGUUCAUCUGGUAUGACCCCGGGCUCAGCCCCCGGCCGCCAGCCAUUCACGGCAGCCCGAGGUUGCACGUCUUCCCUAACUGGGGGGUGGUCACCUACGGUGGGGGGCUGGAGCAGGAGCCGGGCCACACCUUUGUCUCCUUCAAGUCGGGCAAGCUGGGUGGGCGGGCCGUCUACGAGAUGGUGCAUGGUGCUGGCAGCUGGGGUGGCAGCAGGGGCCGGCCAUACUCGUGGAUCGACGGUUGGAAGAGCUUCAACCCGGGCCACGAGCACCCGGACCAGAACUCCUUCACCUUUGCGCCAGGCGGCCGCCCCUUCGUAUCUGAGGCACUGUACGGCCCCAAGCACAGCUAUCUCAACAAUGUGCUGGUGUUUGGGCCCUCACCCAGCAGCCACUGCAAUUGGCCCUGGGAGGGCCAGCUGGGUGAGUGCGGCCAAUGGCUGGACUGGACGGCGGGCGAGGCCGGCGGCUCGGCCGGUGAGGUGGUCACUGCCUCGCAUCACGGCAGCAUGGUCUUCACAAGCGGCGAGGCAGCACUGGCCUACUCGUCCGCCAUGGGGCUGCGCAGCGUCUACAGAGCGCUGAUGCUUCUCAAUGCCGAGACACUGCUGGUGGUGGAUCACCUAGAGCGGCAGCCCGGCUCCCCGCUACGCCACGCCAGCGCUUUCUUCCACAACCUCGACCUCGACUUCCGCUACGUGCCAUGGCGGUCCCAGGAGGGCCUCCACGGCGCCCUGCUCGAUGUCUGGGACGCCCAGUACAAAGUGGUGUGGUUCAGCGCUGCAGGCGACAGCCCCGAGGCCCAGAUCCAGGAAGCCGAGCAGGCGGCCGAGUUCAAAAAGCGCUGGACCCAGUUCAUCAAUGUGACGUUUGCGUUGCGGGGGCCCGUCACCCGCAUGGCGUUCCUGUUCCACGGCCCAUCCGUCCGGGUCAGUGACUGCCGCUUCCUCGAGGACGCCAGCACCGGCCUCAAAGUGGCUCUCACCAUCAAUGACACGCCUGUGGUGGUGUGGCUGGCCACCCGGCACGACGACCCCAGCUCCCGCUUCUCCUACCUCGGCUUCGGUGGCUAUGCCAAAGUGGAGGAGCCACACCAGGUCACCCGCUUUGGCCUUGGCACUGUCUCAGUAGUGGCCCAGACCCCAUCCCUGUCCCGCUCCUACCGGGGCCCCACGGCUAAGGUGGUGGCAGUGGCGGCAGCGGCAGCUGGCAUGCCUUGUCUGGCCUUGGGCCUAGCAGCUGCCCGCUCUCGCCUCUCGCUCUCUUUCGGCCGCCUACUGCGGCUGGCCAUGCUGGCAGCUAUCAGCCUGUGGCUGGCUGAGCUGGCCGCCCUCUGGGCCGCCUGCCGCCUUCCCCUCUGCAGUGGCGGCGGGGGAGAAGGGGAGCCGGUGCCUGCUUCUCCCUCCCUGCAAUGGGACCAGGCACUGGGAAGAAUGCCCCCACUGGUGAUCACCUCCCUCCCCGGAUCCGGUGCCGAGAUCCUGCGGCACCUCUUUUCCGACGUUGCUGAUUUCCUCUAUGUCCGGCUGCCCACCGAGCAGGCCGGGGUGACCGAGGCCGAGUUCGACCUUGAUCCACUCACCGAUGCUUGCGAGUGGACGGCCGCCGACGCCCAGCAGGGCCGCUACCGACUGGCCCAGGGGUGGCUUCAGUCCCUGGUGCACGGCACCAAGCUGCACCUGCAGAACCUGCCGCUGCACCCCAGGGUCAGGGGGAGCUCACAGAAGAAACAGAAGCACAGGAGGAGGGUCUCCCUGGGUGGUGAGGCAAUGGAGGGGAAUACAGAGUAUCUGGGGCGGCUUCAGAGGCACCUGGACACCCACCCCAACGCCCGUGUGGUGCUCAGUCUGAGCAGCGGCGCCUGGACCCUCAAGAUGCCCUUCGUGCAUGGCGUGCUGGGGGCCCCGACCCGGCUGAUGCUGGUAGUGAGGGAUCCUCGAGCCUGGGUCCAAUCCUUGCUCUCCCAUGCCCAGCCCGGCCUCUCCUCACUGGGGGAUGUGCCCGGGCGCCUGGCUGCCCUCUUUGGGGAGGACGUGGGCGAGGGGUGUGGCUCCGCGGCCUUCGAGUACAAAUCCCUCCAGCGGCAGUUUGCUGACCCAACCAAGAGUGCGGUGGCCCUCCUGGCUCACCUCUGGCUUGCCAACAUCAAGGCGGCAAUGAGGAUCAACGGGAAGCUACCGUCAGAGAACUACCAGCUGCUGAAGUUUGAAGAUGUUGUCACCCUUCCUCGAGAGACAGCCGAGAAGGUUUAUGCCUUCCUGGGCUUUCCUUUGCCCCCUGCCGUACUCAACAGGAUGCUGUUUGCUACCUCCACAAACCUGCUCCACCUUCCAUUCGAGGGCGACCUUGCACCUGGCAACCUCCACACCUGGAGGGAAACGAUGUCCCUGCAGGAUAUCAAGACUAUCGAGGACAUCUGCUGGUCAGUGAUGAGUCAGUUGGGCUAUUCGAGGUUUACCAGUUGAAAGCUGAACUGUCUGGAGUUGCAACUACGAUGCAGGCAGAUUGAACAAAGAAUAAAUUGCACAGUGCAGUCCCAGGAGCUCUUAUGUGGUUUCACCUGAAGGGUGUGUGCGAGAGAUGGAGGUUGAAACCUGAGAGGGACAUUUAAAACUUGAGAGAGACAGUUCACUUCUAACUCCAGAGUCCACGUGGUACUCGGUCUAAGCAGUGGUGGUUGGGCUCUCGAGUUUCCCUUCAGACAGUGAGUUCUUUGAGGCUGGUGGAUGUGGUGAAGGGACCCACACACAAAGUUCUAUUCAUGUCAGUUCAACAGUAAGCUUGGUGAUUCAGAAACAUUUCCCAGCAUUCAGCCACAGGCCUCAAGAUAAAACUCUCAAAUGUUUCAGAUUGGGCCAGUCAGAGAGAUUGCAGUCUGCCACUGCAGAAAUCAUUGAUGCAGAGAUGCAUUGGUGAUGAAAGGAGAUUGGCUUUCCGUGGGACCUUGGUGGAGGUGGUGCUGAGUACUUGGUAAGCACUAGUAUCACGGAGAUCAUUCAUGAGUAUGGAUUUGUCAGGCUGUCUCAGGGAAAUCCCAACCGUUGUCUGCAUGUGUAGAAUGGCGACGAUCUGACCCGGAACUCACAACAUCCUGUGAUUCAGUCUGAAGAGGCACUGCCUCACGGCUCCAGUGAUCCAGAUUCUAAGCUGACUUCCAACAUGCUCCGUGUAGAGCUUGCACAUUCUCUCUGUGACCCUACAGGUUUCCCCCAAGUACACCUGUUUUCUCCCGUAUCCCAGGUUGGUAGGUGAUUUGGCCACUGGAAAUUGCGUUUCAUGUGCAGCCGAGUGGUAGAAUCUUGGGAGAAGCUAAUGAGAAAGUGGAGAGAAUAAAAAAAUCGGGAUUGGCAUGGGACUAAUUUGGGGAGAGUUGAUGGAACUAUGGAGACAAUAGGUUACAGGGAAUGUUAGUGGAGAAUGGGAUUGCUUUGUUAGCCGGUAUAGACACAGCUGGCUGAAGUAGCUUCCUUCUGUGUUGUAAAAAAAUAAUAUGGCAAUGAAACGUGGAGAUCUGAGACUCAAACUGCAGUUGAUGGGAUCCUUGUGUUAACUCCAUAAUUUGAAUUCCAACUUUCCUUUGGAAAUGGAUUUUGGGAAUGCUUGGAUUUGGGAAGGUUGUUGGUAAGUUAUGAAGGUUACCAUGUGCAAGGGAGCAAUCUUUGGGUCAGUUUUAAUGCCAUUGCCCAAGGUGUGUUGGGAAAGUUGCCAGUCUGAGUGUCUGGCCAGCAGACAGAAAGGGCUUCGGGUUGGGUAACCAGCCCCUUCCACAUUUGAAAUAUGUGCCCACUCUCCAUUAACUUAACAUUAACAAUACCAGGCACAGGUACUGUACAGAUCAGUACUCUCCCAUACCCCAUCUGCCUAUCUCCCCUCCUCACCUGGAUCAACCUAUUGCUCCUGCUCCGCCCCUUUCCCCAUCUCUUGUUAACGGCUAUCUGUCCUUUAUCUUUCUGUCCAGAUGAAGAGUCUCGACCCGAAACAUCAAUUAUCCGUUUCCCUCCACAGGUACUGACUGACUUGUUGAGUUCCUCCAACAGUUUGUCUGUAGAAUGGAUAAGGGAGCUAGUACAGGCAGAAAAGGCCAAAUGGCUUCUAUCCAUACCGAAAUGUGUUUCUCUCUGGUAAAUAUGAACAUAUCAAUGACAGCAAAUCCCAUUCGUGGAGACACAAGGGGGAAAAGGUAUAAUUUGAUUUGUUACGUACCCCGUAACUGGGUUGCCAAACCAGCAGAAAUGAACCACUUAGUUGGAGUCUGGAUUACUGGAACUAAGAAAGUUUUAUUAAAGAAAUAAGCAACACAGUACUUUAAUCAAAAGGAUAUAAAUGCAACAGUUUAGCAAUGAUAAAACACACAUGUACACAGAACUAGGAUAAUAGGAUCAAUCAAGCUCUAUCACAGUCUAGGGCUAAAUGAUCAGUUUCAAGUGAUGCAAAGUUCAGUUCAAUUUAGUUCAGUUCAGUUUGCAGUAAUCGCUGUUGUGCUGUUGGGCGGGGAGGAGAGAGAGAGAACGAAUGAAUAUGCAAAUCGGAUUCCAAACAGACCUUUGAUAUUCCUCGCAGUUAGCUUUUGGGCGAGCCCUUUGUAAUGACUUCUGAGGUCACUGACUGUGACCCCUCCGUUCCCGAUAUGAUCGUUCUUCUGCGGUGAACCCAGCACCCAGGCAAGGGCGGACACACACGCCAGGUUCCCGCCCGACCGUGUCUUUCUACCCUGUGCGUCUAUGGCUGGUCCCGCGACCAGACCUCCAAAACUCCCAACUUGUGGGGGCACACCGCUUCCAGGGUCUCGUUACCUCGUGGUGUCGUGUGUCUGUUGCCUUAGCGAACCUGUCCCUUUUUAUCCCCCUGCUGGGGUAUCGCCUGUCCAUCAGACUUCAAACAGUUCAGGGUUCAAAGCCACCGGUCUCUGACAAUACUUGGAACCGUGUCUCCUUUUGGUAAUCUCUCUCGUCUCUCUCUUAUUAGCACCUUGCAUGUUCCCCCAUUGUCCUCUUAUCGGCAUCAAUCUUCUGAUAACUGGUUCUUUUGUCACAGAUUACAAAGAUAAUUGGAAGGACUAGCCAUAUUUUCUAUGUGAAAAGGGUGGGAGAGGCUGGUGGCCUCCUUGCUGAGUGCUUGAUUUUCUGUUGAGGUAAUAUAUUUGGAAAAAUUGAGUGAAGAAUUGGGCAAUCUUCCAGCAGCCCAUCCUUCUGUGAAGCACUCCUCCAGCUGUUUGACUUUCCAUUGCAGGAGUCUGGAGUGAUUGGUGGUCUGUCCAUAAUGAAUGUUUUACAACCCAAGCAUUAUUGUAUGGCAAAGAAAUUACAGUUCCCUUCUUGGACCAAAGAGCCUGUUCUAUUUUCUAUAAACCAAGAACGAAUCUCACAGUCCCUGGACGACAAUUAUUCUGCAGUUUAUCAAUAAUUAUUAUCACUUUGCUGUUUGUAAAUGCUUGCUGUGUGUAGAUCAAGUCAUACUGUACAGAAACGGGCCCUUUAUCCAUGCUGACCUUUGCAUCUGUGCCAAUCCCAUUUACCUGCAUUAGGUCCAUACCCUCUAUACAUUAUAAACACAAAGAAGUCUGCAAAUGCUAGAAAUCCAAAGCAACACACACAAGUUGCUGGAGGAACUCAGCAGGUCAGGCAGCAUCAAUGGAAAAGAGUGAACAGUCAAUGUUUCGGGCCGAGACCCUUCUUCAGGACUAGAAAGGAAGGGGAAUGACGCCAGAAUAAAAAGGUGAGGGUGGUGGGGUGAAUGAAGGAUAGCUAGAAGGUGGGUAGAAUAGAUAAGGGGCUGGAGAGGAAGGAAUCUAAUUGGAGAGGAGCGUGGACCAUGGGAGAAAGGAAAAGAGAAGGGAAUCCAGGAAGAAGUGAUAGGCAGGUGAGAAGAAGUAAGAGGUCAAAGUGGGGAAUAAAAGAAGAGGGGACUUCUGCUUUUGGCAGAUGGAGUGGAGGUGCUCAACGAAGUUGUCCCCUAGAUUAUGAUGCGUCUCACCAGUGUAGAGGAGCACCAGACACACUAGACAACCACUGUAUGUUCACAAGUGAAGUGUUGCCUCACUUGGAAGGACUAUUUGGGUGCUUGAAUGGAGGGGAAGGAAGAGGUGAAUGGGUUGUUGUAGCACUUUGGCUGCUUGCAGGGGUAAGUGCCUAGAGGGAGAUUAGUGGGGAGGGAUCAAUGGACAAGGGAAUCAUGUAGUGGGGAGGUAAAGAUGUGCUUGGUGGUAGGAUCCCUUUGGAGGUGGCAGAAUUUACGGAGGAUGAUGUGUUGGAUGCGGAGGCUCAUAGGGUGGUAGCUAUGAACAAGAGGAACUCCUACUGUCAAGGUUGGGGGAAGGUGGGGUGAGUGCAGAUGUUCAGAAAAUGGAGGAGAUGUGGGUGAGGGCAGCAACUGUGCUGGAGGAAGGGAAACCCCAUUCUUUGAAGAAAGAGGACACUUCUGAUGCCCUGGAAAGGAAAGUCAGAUCCUAGGAACAGAUACGGUGGAGAUGGAAGAACUAUGAAAAGGUAAUAGAAUUUUUACAGGAGACACAGUGAGAGGAGGUAUAGUCAUGAUAACUGUGGGAAUCAGUAGGUUUAUAAAAGAUAUUGUUUGGCAGUUUGUCUCCAGAGAUGGAGAGAGAGAGAUUGAGAAAGGGGAAGAAGGUGUCAGAAAUGGAUCAGGUGAAUUUAAGGGCAGGGUGGACGUUGGAGGCAAAGUUGAUGAAAUUGAUGAGCUUAGCAUAUGUGCAUGAAGCAGCAGCAAUGCAGUCAUCAAUGUAGCUGAGGAAGAGUUGGGGAGCAUUACUGUAGAAGGCUUGGAACAUGGACUGUUCUACGUAGCCAACAAAGGGAUAGGGAUAGCUGGGGCCCAUGCGGUGCCCAUGGCUACCCCUCGAGUUUGGAGAAAGUGGGAGUAUACAUUGGCUGUCAUCUUUACUGUAUCACAGUGGUGAUUCCAUCUCAUUUGCUGCAAAGCCCCUUGGGAUAACUUGACUUUGUAAAAGGUGCUAGGGAAAUGCAAGAUUUUACUUUUGGAGCUCACUGCUGUGGUUUCCACUAACUGGGACAAAUCAAUUGUGAAAUCUGCUUAUUGUUUCUCUGUUCUCUUUCAGAUGGUACCCUGUCUGAUUAAGCAUGAAUGACACUUUAAGUACCCUUCUGGGCCUUGGCCUUCGAUUCUUUCACUCUUUAGUUAGUGGAUGGGUAGGGAGAUGGCUCUCAUGAAUAGAUUAUUCCAUGAUCGCUGCUAAAUAAAUUGGGGAAAUGUUCUAAAAUGUCCUUCCUUUUUGUAAUGAGUGUGGUAUAAACUGGAGCUCACCGUGAGGCUGGUAGAAAGAGAAUUAGUGCCUGGUUUAUUUUGAAUUAUGUGUUCAGAUUCAGCUUGGGAAAGUGGGAUGCUGUCUCAGUAUUUUAUAAAUAAAACUCGGUUGAAUAGUCCGUGUGUCUCGGUUCUAGUACUUCAGAAUAAAUAAAUAUGUUCAAAGGAAAUGGGGAGGUAAAACCCUUCAUUCAAACUUACGAGGGGUAUACAUAGGAUGAAUGCAGGCAUUUAUCUCCUCAGGUUGGGCGAGACUAGAGGUCAUAGGUUUAGGGAGAAUGGUGGAAUAUUUAAGGGGAAUUGAGGAGAAACUUGUUCACUGUAAGGAUGUGCAACGAGCAACCAUCCAAAGUAUAUACAGGUUCAAUUGUAACAUUUAAGAGAAUUUUGAUUAGGGACAUGGAUGGGAGGCAUUUGGAGGGAUAUGGUCCAUUGCAGGUAGGUGAGACUAUACAGAAGAUCAGGUCAGCAUGCACUAGAUGGGUGAAGACCAAUUUCUGUGCUGAAAACUCUAUGACCGUGACUCUAAAGCCCACAUCAAUAGUAAUGAGAAGAAAUAUCCAACUCAGACAGGAGUGUGAUUGCUUGGUGCCAAGGAUUAACCAGUUAACCAUGGGUUUCAGAGCAAAGUUGGAUGAACUUUUAGGCCUUUGAUGCGAUUGUUCCUUUAAAUGGUGUGAUGGGCCAUAUGGAUUCUCUCCAAAUCCUGCAUGUUGUAAUAAAUGAUCACAUUUUUCAAUGGUUGUGAUUCAUAAACCGUCAGAUUUGAAGGUUUAGAUUUUUUUUUCAGAUUACAUCAGCAAUGUUCCUAAAUUAUUGGGAAAUGUUACAGUGAUUAAUCUGACAUUGCAAACAGCACUUGCUGGCCAUUGGAUUAACAAAGUAUGUGGCAGAUUAGAAUCGUAGAAAUGUGAAUUUAAAAGCUCCCUGAUUACAGAUACUGGCGAGGCUGCCAUGUGUAGCCAGAGAGUGGUUAAUAAUUGAUGCCUCUGUGAGAGGAAGCCUGCAUUUCUUAUCUAAAUAGCUCUCGUGGAGUUGGGAUGAAGAUGGUGCAUAUUGCAUAAAGAAUGUUUUUGUGGAGGAAAUAGGACUGAACAAUGUGGCUCUUGCUUCUUUAUACAUGAUAGAUUUCAAGCAUCCUUGCACUAAUGUGUUGGACACUGUGAUCUGGUUCGAUUUUCUUGUUCAUGUUCUGAUUCAUUGUGAUGUACAGAGCCUUUUUCUCUCCACAUCUUGAGGAUUAUAUUAAAGAAUAUUA